CGCGUCACCAUGUUCUGGUGUCUAUGAGCUUAUACCGCCGGACGAUACGCACUCGACAGUCGCUUGAUGAUUACGUCAACGCCGCGUCGACAACACACGAGGACAAACGUACUGUACAGAGUUAGAAGACAACAUCAACAUUUUUCAUCAUGCCGAAACAUAAAACAAAGAAAUUUGCUGCAAUGAAACGCAUGAUCAGUCCGAAAGAUAAUCGAAUAAAAGCGGAAGUCCGUUCCAAAGCAAAAGAGAAAAAGAAGAAAGACUCUUCUGCGCUGAAGGAGAGAGAAGUGCCAAAAUACCCAUCAUGCCUGUUCUUCCAGUACAACACCCAGCUUGGUCCACCAUACCAUAUUCUAGUUGAUACAAAUUUCAUCAACUUCUCCAUCAAGGCAAAAUUGGAUAUUGUUCAGUCCAUGAUGGACUGUCUGUAUGCCAAAUGUAUCCCUUAUAUAACAGACUGUGUGAUGGCUGAAAUUGAAAAACUGGGAAUGAAGUACAGAGUUGCGCUUAGGAUAGCAAAGGAUCCAAGGUUUGAGCGCUUGCCUUGCACACACAAAGGAACAUAUGCUGAUGACUGUCUGGUCCAAAGGGUAUCACAGCACAAGUGUUACAUCCUGGCUACUGUGGAUAGAGACUUAAAGCGAAGGGUAAGGAAGAUCCCUGGAGUGCCCAUUAUGUACAUCUCAAACCACAGAUACAACAUUGAAAGAAUGCCUGAUGAUUAUGGUGCACCGAGGUUUUAAUUGUACUGUACGUAGGGUGAAGACACCCCGAAAGAGACAAGCGGUAGUAACUGAAUGGACGAUGUACAAAAUCACUGUAUAUACAUUGUUCUUUUCUGUACAUCAGAAUUGUUCAGUGGUUUGAGCUGCAGAAGAUGGUGCAUUUUUUCUAAUUUUGUCUAGUGUUACAGUUUAGCUAUUUUGCUCUAAUAAAAUUGUCACAACUGUAUGUUAAGGUGUCCAUAAAUUGUUACAGUUG